AUGACUGAUAAUGCGAUGUUCCGUAAAGUGACUCAUCAGCUAUUGUUGAGCCUCACGCGCAAUAUGAGAGGAUACAUCAUCAUGUUUAAAGAGACAUCCACUCUUCUGGUAUUCUGGAAUGACAACACCAUGCAACAUGUGUUUAUAGCAUACUGCAGUUACGGAGUUGUGAAGCAGCUUGCCAUCGAGAAUCUUUUCGAUGAAGAUGACGAAGAAACAGAAUCUGAUGUGGAUACAGACUCCCAGUUUGCAGUACUGAAAGUGAAAAUUUACCGGGCUGAAGGACUGUCCAGUUUGAACCGGGGACUCCUGGCACACAUUAAAAAACGUUGCACCGUAGAUGAUGGCGUCUUUGUAGACCCUUAUGUUCAAGUCUUCUUUGCUGGACUCAAGGGGUUCACGUCGAAGAAGAAGCGCACAAUUUGCCCAGUUUGGGAAGAGGAGGUCGUGUUCACGACCAAGUUUCCUCUUCCUCCGGAACCCAUCAUCAUUCAGGUCCGAGACGAUGACUUCGUGGGCAACAACGAUAUUGGCACGGUGGUCAUUCCCCUAGAUAAGAUAUCCAGUUCCGAUGAACAAGGUCCACCUUGUUGUAAUGGCGUAGCGACGGUAAAUGGGUCCCUGUGCAUAAUUAGAUUUUGUGGUGGAUUUCUGCCGACAUUAGGACCUUGUUACGUAUAUUUGCGAGAUCAGAAGCAAUUCGUGUCAGAAGACACAUCAUGCAGCGGCCGAUUAUUGAUGGCUAUAACAAUGGACAUCGUGGAAGGGUCCGUCUACACCAAGACUUCCGUGCAAGUGGAGCCAACUCCCUCUGCACCUCAGGGAACAUUCAGCUACGACUCGGAGUUCUUUCUGUUCGCCUGUGUGCAGGAUGCUUCCAUGAUUGACAGAAGACUGGUAGAAAUGAAAGAAAUGCGUUUCAGUCUCCAAAUGGGAGCAGAGGGCCGACAGACGAUGGAUGCAGCUUUCGAUGAUCACAAUGCAACGCCUUUUAUGGAGCCUGAGCCGAUGGACAAACAAUAUCUGUACUUGCCUUUGGAAGGCAAUAAGCCUUGCAUGUGGUUGAAAGCCAUGUGGCCCGACGAGAGAAGGCGCAUGUACAUUUCGAACAUCCUCUCCAAAAUGGAAAGAAAAAUAGUGUUACCUAAAAAUUCUGAAAGAAUUUUCCGCCAUGUACUCCUUCAGAACACAGUUGGAUCAGGAGAGAGCUCGAAUGAGGAAGUGCUUCAUGUAUCAGCCGCGGCAAGGACUACACUCAACAAAAACACCCUGGAGGGAACCAUCGACAAGCUCAGUCAUUUGCGAUCCAAAAUGGAAUCACUGGAAGAUGAUCCGCAGUCCAUCGUGCCAGACGUGGUCGUGUGGCUGGAGAGCGGCUCGAAGCGGGUGGGUUGUGCCAAGGUGCAGGCUAGAGAUCUCCUGUAUGCAGUCAGGGAGUAUGAACGAGGGUCGCAGAGUGGAAAAACCCUCACUCUCUUUCUGAAGCCGUUGGGAAGAAGAGAAGAGGAGAUGCUUUUAGCCAAGGUGGAAUGCUACCUGUGGUUCGGUCCGGCGAAACAGAUGGACUACUGCUUCCGAGAUCUGCCGCAGGGAUUCAACAUGGAAUACGCUUUUGAGGCGCCAAACGAUACAGGGGGCGUUCCCAAGGCGCUGCACUACUUAGAGAAGCACGUCUUCCAGUUGCGUGCCCACAUCUAUCAGGCUCGCUCACUUCCCAGCCGAGACCGCUCCCGAUAUCCAAAUUGCUGCGCCAUGGUCAUCUUCAAGAAUCAUAUAAGAUCUACUCAGGUACGAGAGAACUCUCUGAACCCUAUCUGGGACGAGAUGCUUUUAUUUCCGGAGAUCGAGUUCUAUGGCGACGCCCGUUUCACUCCGGUCAUCGUCGUAGAAGUGCACAACUUUGGAGUGACUGGAAAAUCAGGAUUUCUGGGAAGAGUCAUUACUUCUAUUGAAAUGAACAAAAAUUCAGAGAACGCUCUCUUUCUUCAGUGGUACGAUAUCCAAGGACCUUCCGAGUCGAAUGCACAACUGUUGGCGGCUUUCGAGUUGCAUUCAGUGGAAGAGAGCACCGAUAUGCCCAGGGGUGACGGUGAUGCUGACCUCAUCUCAGUAAGGCCCAUUCCUUUCGAGAUACGUCCCAGAUUCGCAAUGCAUCGAAUCGAAAUCCUGUUGUGGGGCUUGCGCGAGAUGCGGCGCUCACAUUGGCGGCACAUCGACCGGCCCCGCAUUGACGUCGAGUGUGCCGGCCACCUACUCCAUUCUAGCGUCAUCUUCAACUACAGACAGCACUCCAACUUCGCCAAAACAGUCGAGCAUCUGGAUCUGGAGCUGCCGGAUCAGGAAGAUUACUUGCCUCCUCUCAUCCUGAAGCUGAUCGACACGAAGAGCUUCGGCAGGCAGAAUGUGAUUGCCACUCACAUACUUACCCACCUCCAAGAAUACGUUUUCAGGCCACAGCGGGGGAUGGGAGAUGAGAAUUCGUUUUCCCGAGUUUCGCACAUAGUGCUAGACGUUGAACAUGCUGAAUCGGAUGAGUAUCUGGAUGCUUUCCUGAUUGAAACAGUUAAAUUUCUCUGGACACGAGUGGACGAGAGAGAUAAGGAGGAAGAGGAAGAGGAGACAAUGGACUGGUGGUCCAGGUAUUACCUCUCCACGGGAGAGAACCCUCAGGUUGACGAGACAUUUUGUUCCAUUGGUCCCGAUACCGUGGUGAUUCCCCGCAGCAGCCUUCCCAGCGCCAUUUUCAAGAUAUCCGAAGACCUUAACGGGGUGGAGACGGACACUGCUGGAUUCGUGGUAUACUCAACAGAACUGGAGAACGUACCCGAGUUCGGCGGAUUUCAGGAAUGGUUGCAUUCUUUUGAGCUCACCAAAGGAAGGAAAAUCACAAGAAAUCCUUUGCGUGAAAAAAUAAUGGCCGUACUGAAGGGUUGCUUCCGAAUCUACCGCACUCCUCUGCCUCCUGACGCUCUGGAUCCCCUCCUGCCUCUCGGAAAGGACUCGGAAGGCCUGUUCGGUGGACUCCCCAAGAACAAGCCAACGAAAAUCCUAGCGAGAGCCUACAUCGUGAAGGCUAUAAACUUGGAACCUUCGAAAGUUACGAACACGACAGAUCCUUAUAUUGUCCUGCAGCUGGGGAAGCAUCGACUCAGUGACAAGGAGAACUACAUCUCGAAGCAGCUCAAUCCUGUGUUCAGCAAGUGCUUCGAAUUUGUUGCCAACUUCCCCAUGAACUCCCUCCUGCGCAUUCAACUAUUCGACUGGAACCUAGUGGGGGCAGACGAGCUGAUCGGGGAGACAGUGAUCGACUUGGAGAAUCGAUAUUACAGCAGGCAUCGAGCCACUUGCGGACUCGCCCGAUUCUACGAGACGACGGGUCCAAACGCGUGGCGGGACGCGCUGAAACCGAGCGAGAUCUUGCAAGGAAUGUGCCGGGAGAGUCGGCUGGAUGGACCGCAUACCGAGGACAGGAGCGUCCGUAUAGGGAAGGUAAUAAUAAUAAUAAGAACAAAGCCUUUUUCUUGUUCUUCAGAUGACCACGAGAAUAUGGCUUUGGCUCUCCUCCACCGCUGGAAGGACAUAUCCCCGUCGAAAUACCCGCUGGUGCCGGAACAUGUGGAGACGCGAAUUCUGUACAAUCCCAAGAAACCACUGGAGCCCCAAGGUCAGCUGGUGAUGUGGCUGGACAUGUUUGCUGAGGACACUGUGCCGCCGGCUAUGCCGAGAGAUAUUUCCAUGCGGAAGCCGGAAAGUUACGAACUUCGCGUCAUCAUCUGGAACACGGACGAGGUGAUCCUGGCGGACGAUGCCUUCUUCACUGGUGAAAAGAUGUCGGACAUCUAUGUGAAAGGCUGGCUAACGGGAAAGGAAGACGCUCAAAUGACCGACGUUCACUACAGGUCCCUGACAGGCGAAGGUAACUUUAACUGGCGUUUCGUCUUUCCUUUCGACUACUUGUCCAUCGAGCGUAAAGUCGUCAUCAAGAGGAAAGUUUCUGUCUUUUCCUGGGAUGAAACCGAAUUCAAGCUUCCGCCCCUCCUCGAACUACAGGUGUGGGAUGCAGAUCACUUCUCCGCUGACGACCACCUCGGAACCAUUAGUCUGGAUCUUAACCGCUUUCCCCGCGGCGCCCGCUCAGCCAGUCUCUGCACUUUAGACAUGCUGCGGAAGGACGGCACGGUUCCACAGGUGUCCAUCUUCAAGCAAACAUGCGUCAAGGGAUGGUGGCCUGUUACCUCUAGGAAGAACAGAGGAGAAACCAAACUGACGGGUAAAAUAGAAGCAGAAAUCCAACUUCUGACUCGGGAAGAGGCGGAGAAAACACCUGCCGGACGCGGGAGGAAAGGGCCAGACCCCCUCGAAGAACCCAAGCGUCCGGAGACAUCUUUUAUCAACAUCUUAAACCCCCUGAAAACGCUGCGUUACGCCGUAUGGAAGAAUUACAAGUUCAUGAUCAUCAAAUGCCUCAUCCUCAUUGCUCUCGCCCUGAUAUUCGCGCUCUUCUUCUACUCUUUUCCUGGUUACAUGGCAAAGAAAAUGUUGCGAGCUUGA